AUGAUCAGAAGUGGGAUGCUAAGUAAUGACUUAAAGGAUAAUGAGAAUAACGACGAACUGGUUACAGCGAAACAGCUGUUCGUAACGCACUUGAAAGUUGAAGAGAGGACAAAAGAGAUUUACAAAGAUUUCAAUGUAGAGGAGUAUGUGUUGGAGGUUAUGGAAAGCAAGAUGAGGGAAGGACUUGGGGGUGAUGAAAAGCAGGGUAAUGAUAUGAAGCAGGGCGGUGAUAUGAAGCAGGGCAAUGAUGUGAAUCAGGGUAGCGAUGUGAAUCAGGGUAGCGAUGUGAUGCAGGGCAAUGAUAUGAAGCAGGGCAAUGAUAUGAAGCAGGGUAAUGAUAUGAAGCAGGGCAAUGAUAUGAAGCAGGGCAAUGAUGUGAAGCAGGGAAAUGAUGUAAAGCAGGGUAGCGAUGUGAAGCAUGUAAAUGACGAUAAAGGGGGGUUAAACGACCGUUUGGAACAAAGAGAUGAUAUGCAAAACCCGAAUAAGGAGCAGAAUUUGCCCAGUUGUUCUCAAAGUGCGGAUGGGUACAAAGAGGAGCUGUAUUUUUUACGGCUAAAUCCUGUACACCUAAAUAGAUGGUACAGGAUUUUAGAAUUAUACGAAAGGGAAGAAGUGUAUGAACAAUUUUUGCUCGUGUUCCCGAGGUGUACUUUAUAUUGGACCAGAUACGCAGAGUUGAAAAUAAAAAAAAAAGAAUAUAAGGAAGCGUAUAAAAUAUAUCGUCGAUGUAUUGAUUGCAAUAUAUAUGAUAUUAGGUUAUUUUGUUCCUUUUUAUAUUUUGCAUAUCAUACUUCUUCUAUUCAUGAGUAUAUAAGUUUUCUCUUUGAAGGACUUAAAUAUGUGGGGACUGACAUAAAAUCAGGAACGAUAUGGGUCGAAUUGUUAUACAUAUUAAUAAAAAUAUAUAACACGAAUCAUUUACUAAAUAACGAUGUUCAGAAUUUAUUGCACUAUCCUUUUAAGAAUGAGAGUGGUAGGAAUAGAAGCGGUAUUAAUGGAAGAAAUAAUAGCAAUAGAGGUGGUAAUAACUACAGUAGUAAUCGUAAUAGUAAUCGUAAUAGUAAUAGUAAUAAUAACAGUAAUAGUAAUAAUAACAGUAAUAGUAAUAAUAACAGUAAUAGUAAUAAUAACAGUAAUAGUAAUAAUAACAAUAAUAAUAAUAAUAAUAAUAAUAAUAGUAACAGUAAUAAUAACAGUAAUAGUAAUAAUAACAGUAAUAGUAAUAAUAAUGCGUAUUACUACCAUUACAGUGGGAAUACUAAUGACUGUGGCGAGGGCCCCCUGUUCCCAUCCGAAAAGGAACAGAGCAUUUUUAAAUCGUACAUACCUGAUAAGAGUAUAAAGAUUACAUACAUUGAAUAUUACACGAGUGAUGACAAAUUAAGAAAAUUUUACCAUUGUUGGCUUAAUAACACUACAAAAUAUUUGGACAAGGUAUGGAAAUGCUUUUGCUCAUAUGAAAAAACCACAAAUGACAGUUUCACAAACGGCUCCAUAUCUACAUAUAAUAGCCAGUAUUUAAAUUCAAAAAAUGCAUAUAAAGAAUUAUGUAAUAUGUAUAAAGAAGUAAAUUAUGAUAAAAAAUUUAAAAUAAUUAUUCCUAUUAAUGCUAAGUAUAAAAUAGAGAAUACCACAGUACUCUCAAAAUGGAUGAAAAUAAUUAAUUUUGAAAAAACCAAUCCAUUAAAAUUAAAAUUGUCAUUAGCAUGUAAAAGAAUAAUGUAUGUUUAUGAACAGGCCUUAAUACAUCUACAAUUUAAUGCUGACUUAUGGUUUUCUUAUUUUCAAUUUUUAUUAUUAAAUAAAAAAUAUGACUAUGGUAUUAGGGUGAUGAGAGAAGCAAUAGAAGUAUAUCUUCCUUUUGAUGAAUUGCUAAAAUUAAAUUUUGCAUUCUUUUUUGAAAGACAUUCUUUAAUAAACCAAGCCCAUUUUUUAUACCAACUUAUGCUUGAGGAGGUUUCUCAAAAAAAAAAAAAAAAAAAAAAAAAAUUUUCACUCCCCUUUUUGUAUUCUAAAAACAAAUUUAAUAUGUUCCCCUAUGAAGGUUUAGACAACACGAGGAAUAAAAGAAAAAAGACUGAAAGACAAUGUAGGGAGAAAAAUGAGACCAAAAAUGGGGUCAAAAAUGACGCUGCAAAUGGGGCUGAAGAAAAUGAACCUAAAAGAGUUAAAACUAAUUGCUCAGAUAGGGACCAAAAUGAUAUUUCUUACGUAACACAUUGUGAGAAUGGUUAUACUACAUAUUAUGAAAACAACAGGAAUGUAAAAGAAUUACCAGAAGAUUUCAUGGAAGACAUGUUGAAAGAACCAUCUGCUAAAGAUGACGAAGAUAUAAGAAGAAGAUUUAACCAAAAUGAUUAUGAAAAAAUAGAAGAAAGAAAAAAUUAUUUUAUAAAAUAUAUUCAUAUAAACAAAAAAAGGAGAAGAGAUUUUGUGUAUACACAUUUUUUAAAUUUUGUUAAGAGAAAUUAUGAUGAAACUAUAUGGAGAUAUUAUGUGGGUAUAAUUAUAAAUGAUGAUAAAUGUUCACAGUAUAUGUAUUAUUAUUGUGCUAAUAUGGAAAGAAGAAUUUUAAAUAAUGAAAAAAGAGCUAUAUAUAUUAUGAAUGAAGGGUAUAAAAAAUAUUCAUCCAAGAAAUGUUUCCUUUUAUAUUAUAUAAAAUUCUUAUUAGAAAAAGGAAAUAUUGAUAAUAUUAGGUCGUUAAUUUAUAAAUUUAUACAUAAUUUUUAUGUAAAUUUUUAUGAACAGUAUGAUAAGGGUAUUAAUAUAUCAAACAAGAAAAAUGUAAAAUCAAAGUCAGGACAAAAUGAAUAUAACCAAUUCGAGUACAAUUAUAUUCUAUUAUUGAAAAAAAAAAAUAAAGCAUGUGAAAAAAUAUGGAAUUUGUUAAUACAGCUGGAGAUACUAUAUGGGGAUAUGAGAAACUUAAAUAAACUUUAUGAAACAAAAUUAAAAUAUGAUUCAGGUUAUAACAUGGAAGAAAAUAAAAAUGUUCUACUCGAUUUUGUAAAUGCAUCUACCAAUAAUGAAAAUAUGAUAAUAGAAAAUACUAGUAUUACGGAUAUACUUUGUAAGGGUUAUCUUGAAAACUUAAAAAAAAAUGAUAUAGACAGCUUACAGUUUAAAAUAAAUUUAAUUAAUUCGCAAUUAUUUGGUGGUGUGUCUUUAAAAAAAACUUUCUCCCUUUUUGAUGUUAACAGAACAGAUAUGUUCCUAGAGCUGAUGCCGCAUGGUGACUACGAAACAGAAAAGAGAAAAAAGGAAAAGAAAAUAGGAGGAGAGGAGGAAGAAGUGGAAGAAUAUGAAGAGAUGGAAAUGGCGGAUGACCAAGAAGACAAGGAAAAGAAAGUACCUAUUUCACAGAAUGAACAAUCGCACAAAAAAAAUAUAAACGGAGAUGGUGUGAACAAGUUUAACCAAGUCAUUAAAAAGGAUGAAGAGAUAAAAUAUAACGAUAGUAAGGAUAUAAUUAAAAAUGAAUUCGAUGGUACUACCAAUUUUGAAGGAGAAAAGUGGGAACAAAAAAAAAAAAAAAAAAAAUUUAUAAAAAAAGGCCUAAUUCAGUCAACCUAUGACUCCUUCAAUUUUUUGGAUUCUCGGAGCUAUGUAAAAAAAAAAAAGAAAUUAAGUAACAACAAUAAUGCAAGUAUAAAGAGUAUAGAAAAAAAGAAAAUCGAAGAGAAAAAGGAUGGUAAUAAUAACACCCCAUUUAAUUACAUCAUUAGGCCUGAUUUAAAGAUGAUGUCUUUAUAUAAACCUUUUGAAAACUAUCAGAUUUUAGAAGAUGAAAGAAAAAAGAAGAAACGUGUUGAAAGAAAUAUUUGUUGGAAUGAAAAUCCAAAUUAUAUUAGCAUUUCAAAUAGAAAGAACAAUAGUGACGAUAAUGAAUAUUUUUUUAAGAGGGAAUAUAUCACCAUGCCAAAUAUAAUAAAUGACUUUUUGAGUAUAUUACCAGAAGAAAAUUCAAGUGUAAGACUAUCGGACAGUUCAAUUGAUUACUUAAUUACUUCCUUGCAAAAUUUGACAAUACCAACGCUGAAGAAAUUUCCCUAUGAGCCUAUACCAGUAAAGGAAAUUAUACAAAUUAAAAAUGAACUAAACAGUUAA